AUGCACGGUGACUUCGCCGCCCUUGCCCCUCAGACCAAAGCAAGCAUGCAGAGAGCCGUGGGCAGGCCAUGGACCCCUGAAGAGGACAGUCUUCUUACACAGGCCGUCGCAAUCUACGGAGAGAACGACAAUUGGAAAACUGUCGCCCUCUCUAUCCCCGGGCGCACAAACAAGGCGUGCAGAAAGCGAUGGCUGCAUUCUCUAUCUCCUUCGGUGAAGAAGUCGGCGUGGACACAAGAAGAAGAUCAACUCCUUUUGUCGUUGUAUGCGGUGCACUCAACUAAAUGGGCCAUCAUUGCACGACAUAUCCCAGGGCGUACAGACGACGCUUGCUCCAAGCGCUACCGGGAAGCUCUGGAUCCUUCUUUGAAUAGAGGUGAGUGGACGACCGAGGACGACACGACGCUUUUGGGUGCAUACGCGAGGCUGGGCGGCAAAUGGGGGCAGGUCGGGCAGGAGUUAAAUCGGAGUGGACUUGGAUGGAGGAUGCUGGAGCGCAGACGCAUCGCUGGCGCGCGGGGCGCAUCGAGUAACCCUCCUCCGUUGGGCUCGACUUCGGCAAAUGUCCCUAUUUGGACUCAGACAUCAAGUCCGCAACACGAAGAGCUCUGCCUUGACCCUAGGGAAUUUCUUGCAGACCUGUCGCCGUCCUUACCCGACCCUGUCGAAGGUUACUCGACGCAGGAUGGCUUGACCGCGAUUUCUACUGUGCGCCGAGAUAGCUGUCAGGUUGAACAGCACAUACAUGUUGCUUCGCCAUUCGAUCCCCACUCUUCUCAUCAUUCACAAUACCCUCCCUACUAUACAGGAUUGCAUGACUCAGACUCAGUGGAUACGCAUAUUCUUCCACCCAUACCUGAUGGCCAGGAUUUCAUUCCUCAUGGAGACUGCGGGAAUGUCAGCGAUGAAUCUACUGACACGAUACGAGGGGAUACGGUUGAACGUUGUGACGCAGGCCCGACAGAAGUUCCUUAUGAGGAUCUGUCAAAACAUUUUCUUCCUGACCAUACUCUUGCCUCGCGAACAUCUUCUGCGAUGACUCUGACGCCUGAAAUCAGCGUUCCCAUACAAACUCCAGCACCUGUUUCUACAGUUCCUGAGUCUGCAAGUCACCACAGGUAUUAUCGCACACCAGCAGAGAAAGCGAAAAGUGCUACGGUACCACAACCAAUUCUUGCCUAUGCAUGUGGGCACCCAGAUUGUUGGCCCGUAAACACAGAAGCGAGCAAGUCAUGCUUCGCAACUUCCAAACAUCUGUCGGAUCAUAACAAGAGCUCACAUGCCGCAGACCUUGGCGGCAGCACUCCGUUUAGAUGUGGUCUCGCUGGAUGCAAGAAAAGUUGGAAGUUGCAGAGUAUCAACGGCCUGCAGUACCAUCUUCAAGUCUCGAAGACACACUUCCAGCAAGCGCUCUCAAACGCGAGUGCGACAAGCAUCGCCCCUGAAGACAGUACGAAUGCCCCACUCAACAGUGCCGGCGGAUCUCGACCGAAGUCCAAGAAGAUAUACCCGUGUCCUCACCAACAAUGCCGGCAUGAAUAUAAGCAGCUAAGUGGUUUGCGGUAUCAUCUUGCCCAUGGCCAUCCGGCGGAGUUACCUGUGCAACUCGAGGUCAUACCCCCCACACUGGCACGGAAACUAGCGCAGAAGGCCGAGUAUCAGGGUGACCCUAAGGUGUGA